AUUUGUACGCCAUUUAUAAAUAAAUUAAUGCAAAUUAAUUGUAAAAAUAUCAGAUAGUAUUAAUAAUAAUAACAAUAAGGAAAUAAAACAAAUGUAUAUAGUUAUUUUAAUCGUAGGAUUUUUAACACUAUCUAAUGUUGUACAAUGCGAUGACCUGGAUGAAUAUGAAAUUGAUGCAAUGAUGCGUGUUGCAUUUUACUAUGGCGAUGAUGAGCUAGUAGAGUGUAAUAAUGAUACUCGUGAGGUAUUAGACAAUUAUUGCAAAGAUACGGCUAAAUACAAAAAAGAGUCGCUAAAAUUUAUUCAACAAAAAGUUACAUCACCUGAAUUACAAGAGGCAGCCAAAAAUGUUUUCUCAUUGGAAAGUAAACCAGUUCAUUGCAAACCAUAUACUGUCAAAAAGCCCGAGUUUUGGGAUCUAUGCGGCAGUAAAAAAGUGGUGGAAACGGGCGCUAAAGAUUUCAAUGUACUUUUAACUAAUGUUAUCGAUCACUGUCACGAUCCAGAGUCUAAAUUAAAUUUGCUUCAAUUUAUUUGUUAUACAAAGCUAUACAUGGAGAAGAUAAUAUUUGUAUAUCAAGAUGACGAAGCCAAGAAACUGGUUAAAGAGCAAAUGCAUAAUACAUUUUUCUGGGCAUUGGAUAAGAUAAAAAAACUGACCCACGAGUACCGUAAGCUAAGCAAAUAUCCGGAUGAAUGCGACUUUUCAAAUGUCGACAUUCCCGCCGAACAUAUACCACAGUAUAAGUCAUUAUUGAUGAACUGGUUUCUCGGUCUCGACAAUUGUAUAAUAAAAGCCAAACAGUUUAAUAAAAGUUUGAAAGAAAAAAAAGAUAAGAAAAAAGGACGCAAAUAAUUUGGCAAACAAUUUAAUACUAACCCUUUCCCACCCCACUGUCCCUUAUAACUAUUUAAAAUCAAAAUACAUCUCCUACAUAAUUUGUCGUA